UGUAAAAAGUGGAUCAGGUGGCUCACGUGCUAAAGGAUGGCACGGUCAAGAUCCAGAUCCCCCAGGUGGAAACAAAGGUCAUUAUCACCACAGUCUAGAAAUUUUGAAUACUAUGAGGAAAGACAUUUCCAUGAGCAUUAUGACCCUGAAUAUAGAAAUGAUCCAAAAAGAUCCUUUACUUGGAGAAUGGAUGAUGAGAAACAUGGACAGAGUAAACCAAGGAUUCCCCCUCGUGUGAAUCCAUAUUAUCGGUCUUACGAAAAUAGAUCACCUUCCCCUAAUGUAAAGUCUGUAGAAAAGUUUGACACAUACAAGCCUCACCAAGAAUAUUUCCCUGGAAGAGGGGAUGAUGACAGAAGAUCUCAGUAUAUGCCCACAUACUCAGAAAGUGCAACAACCUACACAGAGCACGAAAGGGAUUGUUAUCCCCCCAAAAUGCAAGGAAGGUAUAUUCCUGAUGAGCACAGAGGUAGAGGAAGCGGGAGAGGAGGGAAACCACCUGAGAUGUCACUGGAAGAUUCCUUUAGAUUUGAAGAGACAUGGCAUGAAGAUGAAUCAAGACACCAGAGGGUACAAGAAGAAAGCUACCCUCAGUCACCCAGAAGAGGCUCAGAAGACUUUGAUGCCAGGAACCUUUUUCAGAUGAGGUAUCCUGAGGAUUAUGAUUUCAGAAAGUAUGAUUACACAUCAAAAAGACCUACAGAUGCCACAAGAUAUGAAAAUAGAGAAGCAGCCAGAAUCCAAAAGUGGAAGCCUGAGCAUUCUUUUGUACCUUUCCAAGAGAAAAAUGAAGAGUGGAGCUUUGGAUCACAAAGCCACAGAUACACUGAGAGAGAAUACCCAGAGACAAGUUCAGCAACCAAAGUAUCUUACGACUACCGUCACAAACAUCAUAAUCUCUCAGACAGCGAGCAGGACUUUCCUGAUGGGAGGUUUCAGAAGUACUUGAAGGAAGAAGAAAGAAAAUAUAGUUCUCUAAAAGUUCCUGGAAAUAGAGAGUCAGAUUGUUUCAGUGCUGCAAGAGGAAGAGAGAAUGAGAAUGAGCAGGCCAAUGGGCUCUUUCAACUCCACAAGAAUGACUGUGUUUCCUAUGCCAAUGCAAAUAUAAAGGAAGCCAAUUUGGGGCCUUGUAACGACAAAUGGAAGAAAAAACUAAAUAAAGAUUGCAGAAAAGAGAGUGCCUCUUCUAGUAAACAACAUGGUGUAAGCCCAAAACCUGAAGAGAAACGCUAUUCAUUUGUCAAGAAGAAAUCACUUACUGUUAAAGUAGACAAGAUAGACACAUUUAGGUCUACUUCUAGAUAUUCUGCAGAGAGACAGGUAUCACAUGAUUUGGUUGCAGUUGGCAGAAAAAAUGACAAUUUUCAUCCAGUAUUUCAACAUCUUGACUCACCUCAGAAUCCUGAAAACAAACCCACUGAAGAAUUUGCUCAGGAAAUCAUAACAAUAAUCCAUGAAGUUAAAGCAAGUUGUUUUGCAGCACCUGAUGUUACUUUACAUGAGCGUUUCUCAAGAAUACAAAAUAGACAUGAUCCAGAUUGCUAUCAAAUGGCAUUGAGUUCAGAUCCAGAAUUUCACAGGAGAAUAGACAUGUCUUUGGCUGAUCUUCAGAAUAAACAGACUAUGGUAUAUGAACCAGACAAUACUAUGGUCAGAGUAAUAGAUCCAAAUGAUCUACGACAUGACAUUGAAAGGAGGAGAAAAGAGAGGUUACAGAAUGAAGAUGAGAACAUUUUUCAUAUGGCUAGUCCUACAGAGAGGAAUCAUCAAUGUUCCAGUUUUUCAAAGGUGAAGACUAUUCGUGCUGAUGGAUUUCAAAAGCCUCCACAUUUUAUAAAGUCAAAUUUUAGAAAAUUUAUUCAGAAACCUUACAUAAACUAUACUAUGCAGAGAAAAGAUGCCAUUACUCAGAAGAGAUUUAGAGUUGAGGAAAAUCAUCAAAACAGAAGAGGAUCUAAAAGAUCUUUCAAGAACUUUUUGGGUGGCAGAUUCCAGUCCCAUUUUAAGUCACAUCUGGUACAGAAGAGCUUGUAUAUUCAGGCUAAAUACCAGCGUUUACGGUUUGCUGGACCAAGGGGAUUUAUUACCAAUAAAUUCAGAAACAGAUUUCUGAGGAAAAAAAAGGAAUGCCCAAUAUUGCCACAGAAAACCAACCUGGAAUUGUUGCACAUGGAACUGACCCUACAUGAGGACUUAACUAAGGAUGUAACUGAGCAUCUCAUUUGGUCAGGAAUUGGAAUUGACACUAAGACACUAAUACUGUAACUUUCUUGAUAAAAUAUCUUUAUUUUUCAGUA